AUGAGCCGCUGCCUGCAGACGCGCCCGGCGACAAGGACGCCUGAGCGAGCGAGCCGCAGCUGCCGCUCCUGCCACCGCUCGCCCACCUCGCCACCCGCUGCCCGCCCCUGCGCCGCCGCCCCGCCUGCAGUGGCCCCGGACGAGCCGCACCAGCGCGGCGACAGCGCCUUGCUGGAUGCCCACACCCUGGGCAACAUUGCGGCGCACGUGCUGAGCGGCCGGCUGGCCCCUGCCGACUAUCAGAGCCGCAUGCUGUGCCUGACCGACUGGCGGCGCAAGGGGACGGCGUUUGACCUGGCGCCGCUGGCCCAGCAGUUCCCCUCCACCAACAGGCCCGAGUUCAAGCCGCUGCCCAAGGCCACAUUCGACAAGGCCUUUGCGCUGCAGCCCGGCGGCCUGCGGCUGAGCGAGGCGGAAAAGGGCGACCUCCUGCAGACAAACCUGGGCGGCUUUGGCACGCCCUCCACCACCGCAGCCUCGGGCGGGGCCCAGGGCGCGGGCAGUGCUGGAGGGGGCGCCGCAGCCCCGCCUGCGGCCACAAAAAUCAAGCUCAAAGUGAAGGCCAGCAAGGGAGAAAAGAGGCGCCGUGAGGGCAGCAUCGGCUGA